GCCAACAGGCCCAAAAGAAACUCCAGACUAGUUGGGCCGGGCAACUCCAUGUCAGUGAUCAAGAAACCCGACUCUUGCUCAACCCCAUACGCUAGCCUCUGCUUCCAGAAGCCGUCUUCACUUCGGCAAGGUGAACAGAAUCUGCGAUUUGGGUUUGACAGAUGGCUAAAAGAUUAAGCUCGAAGCUCUUCGUCAGCAGAUUAUCAUCAUACACCACUAAUGAAGGACUCAGGCAGAUGUUUUUACCUUUUGGAGAUGUCACAGAAGCUAGGUUAGUUAUAGACCGUGAAACUCAAAGGCCCAAAGGUUUUGGUUUUGUGACAUACAAGUCUGAGGUUGAGGCACAGAAGGCUAUGAAGGUCAUGGAUGGCAGGAUGGUUAAUGGGAGGCUGCUUUUUGUUGAAGUUGCAGAGACUGAAAGGCAUCCAAAGGAUAUCAGCUCUUGAUAGUCAUUAUGUUGUUCGAUAUGUGUAAAUCUUUGCCAGUUGUUCCGAAUUUGGUAGAUUAGUAUGAUUUACUGAAACUCUGAAAGUUCUUUGAACUCUUUGUUCGCUUUGAUCUUCUAUAAUAUAACUCUGAUUUCACAGCAGCAACAUUUCCUCAGUUUUUAGUCUUUCUUUCAAGGCAUGAUUGAACUUUUGUUGGAGGACAUCUUUUACUACUGAAUUUAAUAGAGCGUUUGCUCAUGUACAGUACAUUAGUUGCUCUACCUAUCUCAUUGGAACAAGGCUGUCUUCUGCAUCACAGAGGUGGAGUAACACCUCUACUUCUAUAACUUUUGGGUUGUUGUUUCUCUACUGUAUUGGAGUCCUGAUG